GUGCGGGCUCGAUCUUGGAAGUCUUCUCUUCGUCCCUGAAAGGCUGGUCGGUUGGCGUCGUCACGAAGGUGACUCCGGAAGACAAACUCGUGGUUCAAUUCAGCAACGAGGUCUUUUUGGAUUCUUUCUUCGUGUGUUUGUUUGGGGGGCGGUUGUCGAAAGCCAUGGCUAGUGGCUCCUUUUCCUUCUUUGCGCUUGCGGAUUUCGGCAUCGAUAUCCAUUACUUUAUCCCCUCCAUGUCGAGGGAUUUUCUGCAAAGUGCUCUUGCAAUGAAGCGUGUGGCCGAGACUCCCAAGGUUGACAUUCGCUUCAUGGCUCUGCUGGGCGACAACGCGUACCCGAUGGGGGUUUCAGGGACGGAGGAUGUAGUGUGGCGAGGCAUCUUUGAGGACGUGUUUCAGUUUGGCUACGGGCUCAAAUGGUAUGCGGUCCUCGGAAACCAUGACUACUACAGCGAUGCUUCUGCCCAGGUGGCGUACACUUACCGGCAUGACGGGUGGUACAUGCCAGCGAAUUGGUAUAGCGAGGUCGUGGAACCCAAGGGCAUCAGCAUCUGCAUGCUUGCGCUAGACUCUGAGCAAGCAACAGGCAUGUCGCAACGCAGUGAGGAGGGCAAUGACAUCUUCCCAUAUUUCCGCAGGCAGCGAGCUUGGUUCGAAAGGAGGUUUCCAAGCCAGAGUAUCAAAAGGCUCACUGGAUUGUCGUCCUAG